UUGGAAACUUACAAAAACUUAGACAGUACUAAUGAAGAUUUCCAAAUUUUACAUAGUAUUUACGAUGUAUUUACAUCAUCAUCUUCAAAUUUAGAAAAACGUCGUUCACCAAUACCUGAAACUUCAAUUAUAGCACAGGAUACUACUCACAAAGUGCUUGAAACUGUUUCAGAGGUCCAAGAGCAAAUAUCACAAGACGAUUUGAUACAAAUAUCAGAUCUAGUAGAUUUAAAUUUAUCUCCCAUAGAAUCCAAUGCUAAUACUAACAAGGACUUUCAAGAUAUUCCUUCAGAACUAACUAUGGCUACCGAGAACUAUGAAUGUCAGGAAAUGAGAUUUGAUAAUCCAGAGCACCCAAAAUUUAUUCUUUGCAAUAAUAAUUCGGCUACAGAACAACUUUCACAAGAUUUUCAACCAAGUAUACCGAAGGUUAGUCUGACACCAGUCAAGGAAAAUGCUACAAAUACUCCUGUGUUGCAAAAACAAGAAAAAGAAAAUUUAUCUGAUGAUGUGAGUUUAGUCGAAAAAAGUCCUGCAUUUAAAAUUAUAUCUAACAGUCAAUUUGCACCAUUUUUGACAAUGCCUAAAACACCAGAAAGAAAAGGUAAAAGAAAUACAGUGAAGUUUCCAUACGCAAUAACAUCAGACAAGUACAGAGCUAUGUUUAAUGAACAAAAAGAGAAAGGAAAGUACAAACACCUGCAAAAUAUGUUUAAUACCAACAAAAAUCAGCAAUCGUCUGUAUUGUGA